AUGGGCUACCCCGGUGCAGAGGCAGACAGCGGCGGGGAGCGAGUGGAUGUGGUGCUGCGGUGGUUCCGCGCCGUGGCAGCCCGCCGCUUGGAGCUCCAGGGCCGCUUCUCCACCAGCACCACAGACAGCAGCAGCGCCAGCAGCAGCGUCAGCAUCGGCCUGCACACGCCUGGCGGGGAGACGGCAGCCGAGGCGGCGGCGGUGGAAGGAGAUGGGCAGGCGGUGGCGGAGGCCGAGGCGGGAGCGGUGGCGCCAGAGCCCCUGGGGGCAGGCGAGCCGCUGGCACAGGAGGCAGGCAAUCCCGGCAAGGGCGGCAGCAAGAAGGCCGGGAAGAAGGCUGGCGGCGGCGGCGGCGAGGAGGCGCCUGCGACCGUGGAGCAGGUGGCAGAGGAUGUGGCCAGCGAUGCGUCUGACGUGGCUGGCGCGGUGGAGGUGGCGGCCCAGGAUGCGCAGCAGCAGGCCGCAGAGGGAGCCGCCGACGUGGCCAGCGACGCCGCUGAUGUGGCGGCCUCGGUGCAGACCGCCGCCCAGGAUGCGCAGCAGCAGGCCGCAGAGGGAGCCGCCGACGUGGCCAGCGACGCCGCUGAUGUGGCGGCCUCGGUGCAGACCGCCGCGCAGGAUGCGCGGGAGCAGGCCGCAGAGGGGGCUGCCGACGUGGCCAGCGAUGCCACCGACGUGGCGGCGGCCCUGCAGACCGCCGCGCAGGAUGCGCGGGAGCAGGCGACGGAGGCAGCGCUGGGGGCCGCCAGCGACGCCGCUGAUGUGGCCGCCUCGGUGCAGAGCGCGGUGCAGGAUGCGGGGCAGCAGGCGGUGGAGGCGGCCCUGGGGGCAGCCAGCGACAUGGCCAGUGACGCUGCCGACGUGGCAGGAUCCGUGCAGGCGGCAGCAGAGGCGGUGGAGCAGCAGGCCGCCAGCGCGGCGGCAGCCGCUGCGGCGCCGCCGCCGCCGCCGUCCCCGCCUCCUGCCGACAGCGUCCCGCUCCCCGCCACGGCAGAGGCGCGUGAUGCCGAGAUUGCGGCCACCCAGAAGCUGCUGGUGGGCAUGCUGGCAUCCCUGGAUCGAGGCGCGGCCGCCACAGAGGACCAGGCGCAGAGGGUGGAUGAGCUGGCGCGCCGCCUGGAGCGACUGGGCGGGGCGGUGGCGCUGUCUUGGGAGGCACCAGGCGAGUGGCAUGCGGCGUGGUCAGGCGUGCGCGUCAGCGGGACGUGGGAACAUUGCGCCGCCGGCGGCAAGCCCACCAUGGCGCUGCUGGACGGGCGCUGGCGCCUGCUGUACAGCAGCGGCUUCGCCUCGGGCAGCCUGGGCGGCCGCAGGCCGGGCCCCUCCUUUGGCUCGGGGCCGUUCACGCUGGGGCAAGUCUACCAAGACAUCUCCACCGACCGCUCGGAGCUGGACAAUGUGGUGGACCUGUUCCUGCGCUACAGCCUGGCCACCCUGCCCCUGCCAGGCCUGAGUGCGGCCACCCCCACCGCCCACGCCAGCCUCAAGCAUACCUUCUCUGUCAUCGGCGCCAACACCGUUGAGAUAACCUUCAACGAGACGGAAGUGAAGCUGGCGGGCGGGCUGGGCGGCUGGCUCGACUCCCUGCCCCAGUUUACUCUGCCCCAGCUGCCAGAGUCCCUGCAGCCGCCCAAGCGCCUGCGCUCUGCACGCUUUGAUGUCGUCUACCUGGAUGAGCAGAUGCGCAUCACCCGUGGCGACAGGGGCGAGCUGCGCGUGUUCAUGAAGGGCGAGACGUGA